AGCUGCAGCUCGGACCAGGAGGAACCAGGGCAUCCACAGACUACAGAACUGGAGGAAGACUCCAGCGGUCAGGAGAUGAAGCAUGAGGACGUAGAGGUGGAUGUCUCAUUGGUCAAUGUCGCUGAUGUGAAAGUUGAAAAUGGUGAACCAGGACCAAACUGUGACCAGCUGCUGUUGCACACUUCUCCUGAAGCUCAAAACAAAGAUGAGGAAGGGACUGAAAGUUUACGCUCAGACUCCAGUAAAACUGUAGAUCCGGAGCCAAUGAGACGACACAGUGACCACGAAGAUGCUGCUGUCCCGUCAGACAGCAACUGUAAAUCAAAGAUGACCAGGACCCACACGGGGAAGAAGGUAUUUUCUUGCAGCACUUGCAGGAAGGAGUUUAGUAGAAGUAGUAAUUUAAUGGAUCACAUGAAGAUCCACACUGGUGAAAGGCCGUACCCGUGCAGCACCUGCGGAAAAUCGUUUAGACACUCUUCACAUCUUAAAAACCACAUAACCACGCACACGGGCGAGAAGCCCUACAUCUGCAAAACAUGUGGAAAAAGUUUCACGCAACGGUCUAGCCUGGUGGUUCAUUCGAGGAUCCACAUGAGCGAGAAGCCCUACAACUGCAAAACAUGUGGAAAAGGUUUCACGCAACGUUCUGGCCUGGUGAUUCACUCGAGGACCCACACCGGUGAAAGGCCGUACGUGUGCAACAUCUGCAGAAAAACCUUUACUGUAUUAUCAGCUCUUAAGCGCCACAUAACCACGCACGCAGACGAGCUGCGAUAUUUGUGCAAGACGUGCAACAAAGGUUUUAGCUGCAUAAUUGAUUUGCUGAGUCACAUGAAAAAUCACCCGGAGGAGAAGUCUGGUGACUCGUGACAAAUGAAGCUCAUGUUGUUCAAUUCAAUUCAAUUCAAUUCAAUUUUAUUUAUAUAGCGUCUAAUACAACAGAUGUUGUCUCUAGACGCUUUCCAGAGAACCAGAACAUGAACAUAAACAUAAACCCCCCGAGCAAUUGUCGUCCUCCGGGGGCAGCUGUCCAUAGGCCUGGGACGAUAAUCAAUAAAUCAAUUAAUCGGGCAGACUGCGCGGACCGGACCCCAGUUUCUU